AAUACCCCAAAAUACGUCAGAGGUUUUGGCAGCCCGUGGGUGAACUAUUUUCUUCAUUGUUGACCUUUCCUAAAUCUUAGGUGUAAUUAUUUCAUCAUUAGGAGUAUUCAGACUGUAUCAUAAUAAUCUAGUUAAUAAUUAAUUUAUCAGUACGAUGGACUCUGAAGACGACACGAAAGACGAUGUGGAUUCUGGUAACGAAUCGAGCGGAGACGAUGUCGACUUUGUCAUGGACGAGACUCACAGUACAAGGGAACGGCAAACGGAACUCGAAGAAUACCCAUACGAAGUGUUAUCUACGGAGGAAAUCGUCCAACACAUGGUUGAUUGCAUCAAAGAAGUCAAUACAGUAGUUGAGAUACCAGCCACAACAACACGUAUACUUCUGAAUCACUUCAAAUGGGACAAAGAGAAGCUAAUGGAAAGAUUCUAUGAUGGAGAUCAGGACCAGUUGUUUGCCGAGGCUAGAGUUAUAAAUCCAUUUAGGAAACCAGUCAUACAAAGGCCAAAGUUACCCAGAAGGAUAUCAACAUCAGGGACAGAGGAAUGUGAAAUAUGCUUUACAAUACUUCCUACUUCUAUGAUGACAGGGUUAGAGUGUGGACACAGAUUUUGCACGCAGUGCUGGUGUGAAUAUUUAACAACUAAAAUAAUGGAAGAAGGCUUAGGACAAACGAUAGCGUGCGCGGCGCACGCGUGCGACAUCCUGGUGGACGACGCGACGGUGAUGCGGCUGGUGCGCGAGCCGCGCGUCAAACUCAAAUACCAGCAUAUUAUCACUAAUAGUUUUAUUGAGUGCAACAGGCUACUGCGCUGGUGCCCGUCGCCGGACUGCAGCAACGCGAUCAAGGUCGCGUACGUGGAGGCGGCGCCCGUGACGUGUCGUUGCGGACACACCUUCUGCUACGCCUGCGGCGAGAACUGGCACGACCCCGUGCGCUGCUGUCUGCUCAGGAAGUGGAUCAAGAAAUGCGACGACGACUCGGAGACGUCCAACUGGAUAGCGGCGAACACGAAGGAGUGUCCGAAGUGCAACGUGACGAUAGAGAAGGACGGCGGCUGCAACCACAUGGUGUGCAAGAACCAGAACUGCAAGGCGGACUUCUGCUGGGUGUGCCUCGGGCCCUGGGAGCCGCACGGCAGCAGCUGGUACAACUGCAACAGAUACGACGAGGACGAGGCGAAGGCGGCGCGCGACGCGCAGGAGCGCUCCCGGGCAGCGCUGCAGCGCUACCUGUUCUACUGCAACCGGUACAUGAACCACAUGCAGUCGCUGCGCUUCGAGUCCAAGCUCUACGCGUCUGUCAAGGAGAAGAUGGAGGAAAUGCAGCAGCACAACAUGAGUUGGAUUGAGGUGCAAUUCCUGAAGAAGGCAGUGGACAUCCUCUGCCAGUGCCGGCAGACGCUGAUGUACACGUACGUGUUCGCGUACUACCUGCGCAAGAACAACCAGUCGGUCAUCUUCGAGGACAACCAGCGCGACCUGGAGUCGGCCACCGAGACGCUGUCCGAGUACCUCGAGCGGGACAUCACCAGCGAGAACCUCGCCGACAUCAAGCAGAAGGUGCAGGACAAAUACAGAUAUUGCGACAGCCGGCGUAAGGUUUUACUGGAGCACGUGCACGAAGGUUACGAGAAGGACUGCUGGGACUAUACAGAGUAAACAUCUACUUCCUUGUCCGAUACACUCAUUUUACAUCUAGCUAUCUCUCUCACACCACUCAUGACCGCACGCUGAUACUUUGACAUAAACAUAGAUUAUGCCAAAUAUUUUGUCAAGUGUACAUAACGAGCCAGGAGCUUAAAAAAAAUUUUAACAGUUUUCAAUUCAUUGUUUUUUUUUUUUUUGCCACAAUAUAGGGAAAAUAAUAUGAUAACAUACUCAGAGAAGGCUUGUCAUAUAAUAUAAAAAAAGUAUAUUUUAUAAUACGUGAGUUAGUAUAAUUUUUCAUUUGAAUGUUUUACGUAGAAUUUGUAGUUUUUAGACAGCCUCCGUGGUUAUUAUCUUCGAUGGCAAUUGAGUUUUUAUUAUAUUGGUUAUACAGAGUGUAUUGCUACUGUGACAUUGUGGGGUAAUUGAAAAAAUAAUCAAGGUACAGAAGGUACUCGAAAUCUGAAUAUUUUUUCAUAAUUUUCCAUUUUGUCCUAGUUAAAUAAAACAUUUGCGCCAGGUAUAACAAUUGUAUUGCAUCGACCGAUCACUUACCAUUAGGUGAGAUUGUCAAGGGCUAACUUGUAAAGAAUUAAAAAAUAAAUAGAUCGACCCAAACACGGGAAAUAGUAAUAUGAAGUGCUUUCAUUUAAUUAACAAUGAAUAAUAAUAAUUAAUUUAAUUACCACAAUUGAACAUUGUGGUGUCAACAUCUAAGGAUUCUACGGUUUUGUCUGGUAUUAUUGCCCCUUGGAUUUGUCCGUUUUUCCGUAAAACAAAUGAUUUUUCAUAAUGAACUAUCGCUAAAUAACGCCUGCAAUAUUUCAUUUUUUACUAUAAAGAUAUACAGUCUAUUUAGUUCAUUUUAGAGUUUUAUUUAGCUAACUAAGCUCUAGUAGGUACGUAGGAAAAAUCAUCACGUUUGUAGUAUAAUUGUAUUUAAUUUAGAUAGUCACAAUGAAUUAGGUUUUAUUAUUUUUGGCAACACUACAUGCGACCAUGUAUAAUAAAUAGUACGUAGACAUAAGGUCUCAGACCAAAUUCAUAUGGACUUGUAUUGCACCCAAAUAACAAAAUUGUCUGUAAUCUUUUGAGGGGGACGAGGUAUUUUAAGCUCACACAUCAAAAAUAUUUAACAAAAAUUAAUAUUUUUUGUGUCCUUGCAAUACACACCACUAUAAAUUUGAAACGCAAUACACACAUGUGUACUUUUUACACAGUCUAACAAACACAUCGUUUAGACGCGUUUGUUAGUCGGUGACGUGCGUAAACGUUCUGAGCACUUAAAAUGUCGUUGGUUAAAAAAGGAAUAUUUACGAACAGCACUUCAAGUCCUCUACAAACUAUUUGUAUAUCAAACAUCUAUACCCACAUCCUUCCAUCCAUCUUGAAGAAACAAAAAAAUAUCAUUAGUUUGAUUCAUAAGUAUGUAUCUAUCUAUCGCGGCCGGUAUCAAUCAAUUGUCCAUCGAUGCUAUAACCUUGAAAUUUCAAUGCGCUCGAGUUAUCCGUUCUAAAGCUCUAGACUCUGGAGUCACACAGCGGGUGAUGAAACGAGCUAUGCUCGGAGUAUCUCUGCGUGAUCGAAUCAGAAAUGAGGAGAUCCGCAGAAGACUCGAAAGUCACUGACCAUAGCUCAACGAGUCGCGAAGCCGAAGUGGCAAUGCGCGGGGUUGUUGUAGUUCCAAGGUGCUGGAAUGGCGGCCCAAGAUCGUGAUGUUUGGAAGUACCUACAAAAGGCCAAUGUCUUGCAGUGGACGUCCAUCGGCUGAUAUGAUGAUGAGUGUGAUUGUUUGAAUGUGGAAAAUUAGUUACAACCUCAUAUCACUCUAUGUCAAGGCAAUAAAAAUGGCGUUUUCUUCCAAAAUAUAAGUUAGUAUUGAUAAAGGAUACAUACAAUUAUUUUUAUACAAUACGACACUCCGUAUGUUAUCUUAUAUAUAACUUAUGACGCAAUGUACUUGAAAGAUACAGUAAUUAUCGUUUACAGGAAUAAGAUUUUCUUGAAUUUUCAAUAUAUCAUCGAUCUCCUAUUAAAAAGUGGAUGCACAAUCAGCGACCAAAAAACGUCUCCACUCAAUGAGUGUCAAACACAAUUUCUUGGCACUCAAUUGAAGUAGUCGCAUUUGCAAAUUCAACCUUAAACUCAAUCCUUAAGGGUUCUAUUGAACAUUGGACUAUAUUUAAAGGUGGUUAAGUAUAAUUUUCUUUACCAAUUCUAAAACUGUCAAAGCAAAAUUGGCCAGUUUUUAAGUGAAAUUUUCUACAUGACUGUGCGUCCUUUUAUUAUAAGAGAUCAAUGGUGUACAUGCAAGGUGAUAAUGUUACGCGUUUACGUUAUUUCUUUUGCUUUGAUGCGUGCCCCACGCUAUAUAGUUAGAAAUCCAGCAUGAAAAAUAUAUACCCUCAUCUGUUAUUUAUUUGGGAUAACAAAUAAAUGAUGGAAAAUAUUCAUAUUAAAAAAAAAAAUUAACAGUAGUUAAUAUAAUAUACCCAAAAGAAUUGAUAAAUUAAAGGUUGCCUGCUUUUACACUGCAACUGUGGGGUUGCCAGGUAUAAAAAGUCAAGUAAUGUUAUUUAUAUACCCUCAUCAGUUAUUUAGUUGUCUAAUAUCUCAAAUAAAAUGUGCUUAAUAUAAAUGUACUAGGUUGCCUUUGAUCUAGUUCAUGGUUUCCUAGAUUUUGUAUGAAAAAUGUGUUUGUAUGCAAUUUAACUAGGCAACCUAUUUGCAAUGUGUGAAUAUUGUCUAUCAUUUAUUUCCUAUUACUAAUAAAUAACAGAUGAGGGUGUAUAUUUCUAAUGCCGGAUCGUAGACUGAUAUGACGUCUCGAUAUGCUUAUCAUUGCUUAUGCUUUGUUCAUUUUGAUCGCAUUUUAUGUAUAUUUGUUUAGAGUACCUAUUUAGUAAAAGUUUCUCCGUCAUAUUAUGUAAUUCAUAUUUGUAAUAAAAAUGUUUUGUAAUGUAAAAUGUCGGAUCUCUCUAAGUUUAGAUUUAAUUCAUACUAUGUUUCAUACAAACGUCUUAGUAUUCGUGUGUAAUAAGUUGUUAUUGUUGUCGAAUGAAAUGCCUUAAAACUGGAUAUCAGUUUAUUACUUGUAGAAUAACUUUUUCGACCAAGAAAUAAGCAAGCAAUAAAAAAUAUUUAGUGUGCCUUUUAUAUGUUAUACCGCGUUUAUUAUAAAAGAGGUGUUUCUUAUAAUUAAAUGUGCAAUUGAAUUUAAUACAUGACAAAAUACUCACGAGUAUACAUGUAUUCUUGAAUAUAGAGAAACUACUCUUUUAAAACUAACGUAAAAAAUUUAUUUACUCUUUGUGGAAUAAAUAAAUGGUUGAAAAUAUUAAUAAACAUUAUGCGAAACAAUGAUGUAUUUUAAAGGGAAAGGAAAGCAUAUUUGUUUAUGAUAGAAGAUCCUGCUAACCAGAGCAAGGCAAAAUAGUCCGAUUUCAAGCAUUAUCGUAUUAAAAAAAUGCUAAGGAACGUUACAAGAGCAAUAAAUACUCAUAAUGAAAACUUAUAACUGUUCCGUUUUGGAAUUCGGUACAUCGUUUUAUUAAAAUAAUGAAUUUGGAUGCAUUGCUAUUUUAAAAACAUAUAUGUAUAUAUUUUUACAUAUUAUGUGUAUAUUUAUUCAUGAUAAAAUAUGUUUAAAAUUGUAUGAAAAGUUCAUUCUCCUUUUAAUAGACCUAGUUUCUUUAAAGGUGGCCACUGAUAUGAACGUUCGGUCUAGGUGAAUAUUCGUUAAGAGUAAUUGUUACACUGAUACUGGUAACACCUGAAUAUUUAUGUCAAAUAUUUUCUGUUGUCCAGUCGUUAAUCUCCGAAAAAACACAUGAGCUCACUGCUCGCGUUUGCAUCUGGCUUAUAUUGUUACAUUCAAAAGUAUUUCUUAGUAACUGACUUUAUUCUGGACUAGCGGACGCCCGCGACUUCGUCCGCCCUUACACCUCUUUAAUCCAGCCCUUACAGUAGUAUCGCUGUAUAAAUGGAGUCAUUUUCCCGUCACUGCUCUGCUCCUAAUGAUCGUAGCGUGUUGAAAAGUAUACUAUAACCUGCCCAGGAGUAUGAAGAAUACUUGUACUAAGUUUUGUUAAAAUUCGUCAAGUAUUUUUUGUUUCUAUAACGAACAUACAGACAGAUAGACAAAAAUUUUACUGAUUGCAUUUUUGGCAUCAGUAUCGAUCACUAAUUACCCCCUUAUAGUUAUAUUGGAAAUAUAUUUCAUGUACAGAAUUGACCUCAUUACAGAUUUAUUACAGUAUAGAUUUCUGGGUACUUGUCUUUUUGAAGCCUAAGCAAAGGUUUUUGGCCAACAUAAUUACAAAUACCAGCCAAAUUUUCAGCCACAAACUCUUGCCCAAACGUGCUUCUAAUGCCGACGAGACCCACUUAGAGUAUAUGGCAAUUGGCAAAGCUUCUGCACUCGCCUCCUGUCGAUAUUGCGAUUCUCAACCACUCAUCUGUUAGAGCCAGCUGCUAGAGCGGGCGGCCAUAAGGAAACUAAGGACCGGUUUCACCACCUUUUAUAAUCUAACCGUAAGUUGUCACUUUCUUACAUUAUGUCAAAUGACAAAGACAAAAAUUGUGAAUAUGCUAUCAGACUCGUAUCUUAUGGUGGUGAAAACGGCUCUGAAAAAUCCAAAAACCAAAUGUUCGAAGUGUAACAUGCUUACACGUAGCGAAUAUUCUUGUCAGUCGCCAACUUUAGAGUGUUUACACUGAACAAUGUUCGAUGAUUCUCAAUUGUACUGUUCAUUUCAAUCGCUUGUUCAGAAUUCAUCGCCUUUCCUGUGGACAGUGAUAUUAUAUUCAUCAUUCGAAUCACUUGAAAAGUCGUGGAUUGAAAAGAAAAAGAAAUGUGCUUUUGUAGUGUAAACGAUUGUGUAUAGCUUUUAAUAAUGUUGGCUUUAUUAUAUUAAGUUGGGUAACUUUGCUAUUCAAAUUGACGGAGAUUUUUUGGUUUUCUUUUUUGGACGCGUGCUUUAAAAUAAUUAUUUUUUUUGUGUGAAAUGAGAUAUUAUUCCCAUUUCCAGUUUUGUUGACUGGCAACAUUGAAAAACAAUGUUAUCCAACAUAAUCAUUGAAUGUUUUUAAAAACUAUCUUUGAAUCACACAGUGGCACAAUAUACCUAAUUAAUAACUGUCGGUUAAGGGGAAAAUGGAAAAAAAAUAUUUUUUACCAAAAAUCCUAUUUUUGUUAUUAGAAUACUGUUUACCGACUAUAAACUUUUAGCUAGUUCAAUAUACGAUAGUGUUUUUAUUCUGUGAUCAUAUUAUUUCGACGCCUCCAAGGCUAAGUUAAUUUAAUCGAUGACAAAGUAUCCCUCGAUAAUGCAAUGCUGGCAUAAUAAACUAAAAAAAAAGUUUUAAAUAUAAAAAAAAAUUGUAAAAUGUUUUAUUAACUGGCUCUGUAAAGCUGAAUUUAUCUUUAACAAUAAAAUUUUAAUAAGAAUAUGUUUGACAAAUUCUAAAUAUAUUUGUAUAAUAAUAGCUACAGACUGGCAAAAAAGUGUAGGAAGUAACUUUUUUCCCUCUUACAACACUGUUCAACUUGUCAGUUGUUAGUGUCUAUGCUGUCAAAAGUGAUUAUUCUGUCGGCAUAAAGGUUAUGUUGAUCUGGUUACGUUUACUUUUCUUGAAUUAGUGUUGCCAUGUUGGCGAUAGUGGCGCCUCUAUUAAUUUCUACUCUUUUUUGCCAGGCUAUAUAUAUAAUUUCACGCAUAAUCUAUUACGGAAGUGAUACCGCUGAACCUCUGCUUGGUUGUACAAUAAUUCUAGCACUACAACAUAUCUGCAACGGAUCGUGUAACUUUAGUCGGUACGGAUUGUGCAUAAACUUGCACUGCCAGUAAAAAAGUGGUUUAAUGUACUAAAUUGAAGCUUAGUGUGUGUUCACUUAGUGGACUAAGUAAUAGAGUAGGUGUGUCCCCCGUUACACCGUCGCGGCGUCGGUCGUCACGGUGUGAGCGGAGGACGUUCGGCACACACCCUGUACAUAAUAUAGAUGCUGUAUAAAUAUUUAUACUCUUUAAUUCACAAUAAUUGACGGGCAUCCUGUAUGUGUGUCGCGGUGGAGAUGCGUUUGUCUUAAGUAUUAAGACGGAAAUAAAAAUAGUAUCUAACAUUGAA